UGUUGCCCUUUGGCUGGAAUUCCUCCCCUCUCUCCCCUGCAGCUGGGCAGCACUGCUGGGAUGGGAGUCCAUUCCUUCCACAGCCUAGGGAACAAGUUGCUUAAGGUGGGAGGAAGCUGUUGCUGCUGGAGUCUUGUCUCUGAAGAUCGUGACACCUGCAAAUAAAAAGGCAUCCAAGCUGGACUGUGGGGGAGAAUCUGCUGCAUGGCAAGAAGGAUUCAUAGCAACAUUACAAAAGAUGAUGGUUUGGCUGCUCCAGACGCUUUAGUUAAAAAGCACAGGAAAAGGAAAAAAGGGAAGAAGAAGAAGAAGAAAGAAAAAAAGGUGACUGCUGUGCUGCUCUCUCUUGACAUCGAGCCUCUCCUGGAUCAUGCCAAGAGUUCUUCUUGUUCUGUAUCCCGCCAUCAUCAUAAGGGGAUGCCUAUGGAAGAAGGCCUUCACACCAGGAGUCUCAGCUAUCAGCUUUUCCCAGAGUGGGGACCCCCCCGAUGGCUUGCUUUUCUGUGCACUUGUGCCCUGAAUCCAUGCGAACUCUUUUUGUCAUUUGCAGCAGCUUUUGUAACGGAGCGUGUGCUUCAGCUACAGGUGUGCACAGCAGGGCAGCAGACGUUGCCUGUUCUCACAUGGAGCAUCCCAGUCUGGGAGAGCAGUGGGUUCAAAUCCCUCAAGGAAAGGCCAAAAACUCCUGGGCCCUCGGCCACGCUCUGCCCACACCCUCCCCAGCUACGACAGGGCAGAGUGCCGCCCCCACCAGUGGGCUGCAGCCCAGGCUGGCAUCCGCAGGGCUGGGCUGUGUGCCAGCUGCGGUCCCUCAGCUCCCUCCAUGCACAGCCCCUGGGCCAAAGCCUACAUAGGCUCCGGUGGGCAGGGGCCACUUUGCCCGUCCCACCAAGAACAGGUCCCACAGGGGCCCUGCCCUGCAGCUUGGACUUUGCCAGCAAAUUUUGCAUGAUGCGCUGAGCCCCUGCAGGACCUCAGGCACAUAGGGGCUGGGCUUCCUAGCUUGUGUCCUACAAGACAGGCUCAAAAACUACUCCCAGCUGGCACUCUGACCCCUCGGGGACCCUGUUCAGCCCAGCCUUGUGUCCUCACAUGCAAAAGCCGUUUGAUACCCCCAGCUCACCUCCUGAUUUUCACCCAAGUUGGUUCAGCUGGAGGAAUGCGUUUGAAAGCCUCCACUGGUACCAGGCAGAGGCCAACUUUCCUGCCCACGAGGCGGGAAGGGCAGAUGGUUGUCACUGUUUCGAGCUCAUGGGGAGCUCAAAGGCCACCAGGGGAGAAGGGGCCAGUAAGGGAGACAGCCAGAGCCACUUGCUCUGCUACUGCAGCUCAAGAGGGAGUGAUGCAUUUUUGGAACACCUCAAGGCCAUAAACGCUUAUCAUCGUUCUCCUGGGGAGAGCAGCUGAUUUAUUUAACUAUUACAACCCUGAUUUACAGCUGAUAACCCUGACAAGCUUUAAGCCUUUGAUGGUGGUUGAUGGUCACAUUCCCAGGAAAGAACAGAGCUUGGAAAAGACUGUCCUGUCUUGCAAAGCCUAACUUGGCUCCAAGCACACACCGAGGUCUGACAAAGGAAAUCCUUUCUCGUGGGUGCUUGGGACAGGGACUCCCCUCACCCUCCUACUGGGGAUGACUGCGCUGUCUUGCAGCAGCCUGGCUCAUACUCGUGGAGUCUGCUGUACCUGGUGAGGAUUCAGAGGAAACAUAAAUCAUGGAAAAGCAGCAUGGAUACAGUCCCUGUCAUGCUGGUAUUUCAGCAUAACUGCACUCUGUUAUUUUUAGAUAAGAAAAUUACAGACUUCAUUUUUACUUCUGAAAAGUCAGAAUGAGGCAUCUCUUGAAAAGAUAAGUUUCUAGGGCUAGUCCUGGUCUCAGGGUUAUCUGGUGGUCAGAUGCUAACCAGGCAUUUCCAUUAGUUUGGGUUUGUACAUUCCUUCCACCAGCCACCAUCAUUUACAAAACACAGUUCCAUUAGAAGUGACUUUGUUAAUCUGAUUGAUGUUCUGCCAGCAUUAGCACAUGCUGAUAGCAUCUGAAGUCUUGGUAUAAGACCAAGCCAAAUAAUGGGGAUUCACUCUUAAUGGAUCUAUUCAAAUAGACUCUUUACAGCACUAGCCAAUCUGUGAUAAAAGUUUUUAUAUAAACAAUACGCAGGGAAGUCAGGAUUUCUGUGACACGGUCCUGACUCUUACAUAAUCUUCUGGAUGUUUUAACAACUAUAAAACUGAGACAGUAUUUUAAGCCAUGUUGUUUUGAUGUAUAAACUCAUUAGAAGACUGGACUCAAAGCCCAGUAAAUCUGUGGACGGGAUGCUGUUUUGCAUCAAUUCUUACAGAAUUUAGUGUGCUACACCAGCAGGCAGAAUUUACAUUUUUUUCGGAAUCUGUAAGUUAGCAGGACACUAACUUUUAUUACAUCUGCAUCUUUCAGGUAUUCCUUCAGGCUCUUUGGGAAAUCCCA